AUGCGCAUAGGCCAGGCAGGCAGCUUCGAAGACCUGCAGGCGCUGCUUGUUGGCCAGCAGGAGGGCAGUGUCAACGAGGUCCACGUGGCCGCCGCCUUCAGACGCAUGCAGCAGCUGGCGCAGCAGCAGGUGACACAGCAGCAGCAGCAGCAGCAGCAGCAGCAGCAGCAGCAGCAGCAGCAGCAGCAGCAGCACGUCCACACGCUGAAGCAACGUGAUGCUUCUGCACAGUGCGCUGCGCUGCUGCUCUCCCUUGCUGUGCGCCAUCGCGAUGCACUGUCCCCCGGCCAGUGGCACGCCGUGGUAUGGGGCGCUGCGCGGCUGGGCACUCCACUCAGGGCCGACUGGUUGCGUCUGAUGCUGCUGUCGGCACCCACGGACGGCGGCAGCAGUGGCGGAAGCAGAAGCAGCUGCACGCGCAGCGGCGGCGGCGAUGGCGGCGGCGGAGGCGGCAGCUGCCUAGAAGUCAACCCUAAGCUCUUGACUGAUCUGAUCAGCGCCUGCAGCAGCUGGCAGGAGUUGCAGGCGGUCGUGUCGGCGUGCGCAGAUCAAUUUGAUGCAAUACACGUCGCGGCGGCCUGGGCGCGGCUGGCACGGCUGUUCGCGCCUGCAGCUUUGACAGAGGGGGAGGACGGCAUGGUGGGGUUCGAGGCAGAGGACGGCUGGCGGAAGGAUCUCGCGGCAGUUCAAGAUGGGCGGCUGGGGCGGCACCAGCAGGAACAUGAGCCGGUGCAACUGCAGGUGCCGCAGCUCUCGCAGCAUGCCGUCCGGUACGCGCAAGUUGCCGGCAACAUUGGGGACACCAACAGCCAAGGCACUGGCGGCGACGAGGACGGCAGCGGCAGCAGCGGCGUUGUAACAUGCGCCACCCUGAAAUCAACCCUUCUGCAGCUUGCCGCCGCCAGCAUGGCCCCGCCGGGCACGGCAGCGGGCGCCGUGAGCGCCGGGCGUCGCGCCACCUCCCGGGAAGCUGCGCUGAUCGCCUGGGCCGCGGCGCGGCUGGGUGCGCGGCCGGACGCCGACACACUUGCGGCGCUGCGGCGCGUGUCGCUCAACGGCCUGGGGGAUCUUAGUGCGUCGGGCGUGAUCGGCCUGAUUUGGGGUAUCGCAACCCUGGAGAGCGCUGGCCGCGGCCGCACAAGUUGUGUCAGCAGCAGCGGCGGCGGCAGCGGCGGCAGCGGCAGCGGUGGCCGCAGCGGCGGCAGCAGCUGCAGCACCGCAGACGUCGAGUGGUACGCCGCUGCGCUUGCAGCAGUGGGCCGCCUACCCCAGGGCCUGAGACCCCACGAGCCGCCGCUGCUGAUAUCGUCGCUAGCGGCGGCACGAAUCGCGCCUGACCCCCAUUGGAUGGGCCGCCUGCUGGCCGCCGCGAUCGCCUCGCGGCCGGGCGCGGGCCACGCCGCGUCGCUGCUUUGGCAUCUGGGGCGUGUGUCCGCCGGGGCGGCGGCCGGCGGCGCCUGGUUGGCAGUGGAUGUCGACGCGACUGACGGCGGCUGCGACUCACCUGUAGCGGGACUGGAGGCCGGCAUGGUGGCGGCUGUACCCGUGCGGCCGGCGGCGAAGCUGGGGCCUGGCGGCGUUUCCGCGGGCGCCAUACGUCCGGGCCGCCUUCAGCAGCGGCCGCUGUGGACGGGGCCGCAUUUCAUUCUUUUGCCGGCGCAUUCCAGCGUAGCGGCGUCAGGCCACUUGGCAGCCGGCAUGCGGCCAAUAACAAGCAGUGGAGCCGUCGCCGGCCACGGCGUCGUCAACAAACGCGACAACUUGCUUGCAUCGGCCGGCGCCCCGCAGGCGCCCGUCGUCGCUGCCACGCCGCAGUUGACGGGUAGCCCUUACGCUGCCUUGCUCGCGCGUGGCGAGCUGCUGACCUGGCUGCUGAGACCGCUGAUGCAGCCGCGCACUGGCGGCGCCAACUGCCAGCACGCUGCCCUGGCGCUUCGCGGCCUGGCCUCCCUCCAGGCGCCCCUCCCCGAUGUUUCCGCCGCGCCCGCGCUGCUGCGGCUGCUGGCGGCGCCGCCGCCGCGCCGCAGGGGCACGGCGCCGGCGCCGGCGGAGCACGCGCGGUACGUCGCGUGGGGCCUGCACGCGCUGGCUCGCGUCCCAUCAGCACAUGCGGCGCUGGCGACGCUGCCAGAGGAGCGGCGCCGGGCGCUCACCGAGCCGCUGUUGGAGGUGUUGCUGCAGGCGGCGCGUCAAGAGGACGCGACCGGCGACGCAGCCAGCGGCGCCACGCUUGAGGCACUCAGCCUGGGUGCGCUGGGCCUGUCGCGCUGCGGGCUGCCCGUGCCACACGCGUGGGCCGCCCGGCUCGCGGAGGCAUCUGGGCGGCACCUGCAGGCACUGGCCGUGCGGCCCAAGAAGCUGGGCAGCUGCCUGGUCGGUCUGGCCGCGCUGGGCGCGCGUCCGGGUCGCGAGUGGGCUAUGUGA